AGGUUCCGUCGCCCGUUGAAGUUCAGCAGGAAUCGCGGUCCCCGAAGACCUGCAGUCUGUGUGAAAUCGGUGGAAAAAAAAACGCGAGUCUCCGCUCAGUUACGUACCGCAUCUUGGCCGUGCCGGCUACUUCACUCGUUCACCCAGAGUGAUACAUACCAUCGCAGGCUUAAGUGACUCGUUAACGUGUUUUGUUUUUGGUUUUUGGUUCGUCGUGCCGCCGUGAUUUCGACUUUCCGAGUGUCGCGCUGAUUUUUUUCGCCAAGCCUAUUCGGAAUUUGUCUUCUCUGCACAAAAGAAUUUGACGCAUUGAAACAAAAACUAUAUAAUAUGUGAAAACUAAGACGCAGUGUAUUGGAUUAUGGAUUUUGGUAGUUUAUUUCAAUAAAUAUGAAUAAAACAAUGAAGUUCGCAAUUUUUAUCACAUUGCUUGCACUCUGUUGUGCCCAAACGACCCGACCAACAAAGAAACCAGUAAAAAAAUAUUACAUCUGCCCCCCUCAUUUCAGCAGAAUCAACCAUCGAUGUUAUUACUUCAGUAAGAAUCAAACUGAUUGGCAAGACGCCUACUUUACUUGUAAAGCACUUCAUGGUAACUUGGCCAUUAUUAAAACAAAGUUUCAAAAUAAACUCAUAACAAGAACUCUCAACAACUCCAUUGAUCAUGUUGACAGAUGGUUGGGAGGUCAGUAUGACUGGCAGCAAAUGGCUUGGAAAUGGGCGUCAGGAAAGAAAGUGACGUACAACAAUUUCUUAAAAAAUGAAACGGAUAAAGAGAGCCUACAAUGGAAUUGCAUUUAUCUGGAUGCAAACAACAGUUAUAAGUGGAACUUCGAGAACUGCAUAGUCAAGAAACACUUUAUUUGCCAUGCUAAACUUAAGGUGGUUUCCAACAAACAAAAGAUUAGGCUCCUUCGUCAAUACAAAGUCGAUAAUUAUAAUCAACUAAAUGAAGUACCAGUGCCCGAAAUUGCUGCCAACAACGUGACCAACUAUAAAAUCAAUCAACUUAACCCAGCCUAUGCUUUUUCAUCUAAAUCACUGAAGCGAACUAAGAAGAAUAAACGAAAAAAGGUUCCCCGUUACAACAUGACCGAAACUCGGUAUGCCAAUGGCACAGCAAGUUUAAGAUUUGGUCUCUUCCAUAAUGAGGAAGGUAGCGAAAAUAAAAGAAAUCGGCGGAAAAACAAAGAAAUUUACAGAGAAGAUAAUGGAAUUGUAAAGAAGAUGCGGUCGAAAACUUACUACAAAGAUGCCAAGAAUCCGUUGUACCCGAGACCUGUCAUUCACGAAUAUAAUUUUCCCAAAGAGUAAUAUGAAAAAACUCAUGUCUGUGAUGUUGAAAACACCACAAUGAUUAGACUAUGGGUUAUGUGUUUUGUUCUUUCUUUUGACAUCAUUUUUUACGUGUCCUUUCAGUGUUGAAAACACUAUUUCAUUAUUUAUGUAAAUAUCAUAAGUGAUAUUCCAUUUGAAUUGUGUCUCUAGUACGUAUGAUUUGAAUUAUUCCUAUACGACGAUUUAAUUUUGUAUUAUACAUUCAACAGUGCUUUCGUCUAAUUUAAAUGUAAAUACAUGAUAUAUUUAUUUUUGUUUUGAGUGUACAUGGAUUAUUUUAAAUAAAUUUAUUUAAUUGAGAAA